GGCUGCGCGGCGAAGGGGCCUGGGGCUUUCGGUGGGCUCCUCCUCGCUGGAGGUUGGGCCCGGGUCUGGGGGUUGGGCUCGGGCCUGGGCCCGGGUCUGGGCCCGCCUGGGUGUGAGGAGGCGGCACUGGCUGUUGGGAUCAGGGAGAGACUGCCCCCGGGCCGCUCUGGGGAGAGUUCAGGGGUCCUUGCGCCCCCGCCUCCUCUCUGGCAGUGGGCUUGGCCAGCAGGAAGGAGCCGGUUGUGAAAUUCCCCCCGCUUCACAUCCCUGCCCGGGGACCGGCGCCGCAGGCUGCCCCUCAAAACCCUGCAGGACCUCUGGGCUUUCCCUCGUUCAAAGCACUUUCUUCUGUUCUGGGGUGAGAGGCCCUCCUGCCCAACACCAAACCAGCACCCGGUAGUAAUGAGCGCAGAACGGGCUGUGUCUGAGGGUGGCAGCAGGGAGAUGGAGGCCCUGUGCUCGGAGCUGCUCCUGCCAGCACCGGCAGAGGCAGGAGCCGUGGGAAGCCCCGGUGUGGCCAGCACCAGCCUGGCUGGGGCUCCCCCGCUGACCACCAGCCAGGACUUGCUGCUGGCAGAGGCAUCAAUACCUGGGGAAGGGGCUCACGCUGAAGGAAGCAACGUGGAAAUAUUCAUCGAAGCAGUGGCUGGCAAUGUGACACUGAGCAACGCAGCCAAUGCCACAGAGGUGCUGGUCAAAGUGGUGGAGCUGUAUUUCUGUGAGAGGUGCGGACAGAGCUUCUCAGAGGCCUCCCUGCUGUCCCAGCACCACUGCCUGCUGCUGGCCCCCCCGCGUCAUCUGGAGCUGCCAGGGGCACUGCUGACUUCUGCCAGUGAGCCAAGGGGCUCGGAGCUGCCCAGAGCCAGCACACAGGAAGGCUCCAUUCCCGAGCGCCUGCUGUGCCCCGUCUGCCAGGAGCCAUUUGUGCAGCCUGGGGAGCUCAAGGAGCACUUCAAGACUCACCGUGGCCCACCGGGAGCCCUGCCCUGCCCCGAGGAAGGCUGCUCCUUCGCCACAGAGGACCGCAAGCAGCUGCGCGGCCACCUGCGCCGGCUGCAUGGGGCAUCCCCCGUGCCCUGCGCCUGCCGCGCCUGCCCGCUGCUCUUCCCCAGCCGCCCGGCCAUGCAGCGGCAUCACCGCACACACUUCCCCUUCCACUGCGGCCGCUGCGACUUCGUCACAGCCAAUGCCAAGCUCUUCUGGCAGCACAGGAAGGGCCACACCGCUGAGGCACCCGGCAAAGACGGCUCCCCUGGCUCGGGCACCCGCACCUUGGAGCAGCGCUGCAUCCCACCAGCCGCAGCAACGGAAGGACAGGAGGAGGUGGGGAGUUGCCACCCUGGCUGGGAAGCCACCAUGGCAGAAGCCAGGCCAGCGAAGCCCACAGCCACUGGGGAGAGCAUCUUGGAGGGGCAGAGAGCAUCAGCUGGAGAAGAGGACUCGGGCAGUGGUGGGGAGGAGUCGCCAGAGGAGGAUGGCGAGAGCACCUGCGAAGGCAAGGCCAAAGAGAAUGGGAAGGUGACUCCCAAGAAAGCCAGAGUGCCACAAGCACAGCACUUCAAAGGGGAUGUCGCAGAGGGCUCCGAGUACCUCUACAAGACCCACAUGUGCCCCGAGUGCAAGCGGUGCUUCAAGAAGCGGACACACCUGGUGGAACACCUUCACCUGCACUUCCCUGAUCCCAGCCUGCAGUGCCCCAACUGCCACAAGUACUUCACCAGCAAAAGCAAGCUGAAAAUCCACAUGAUGCGAGAGACAGGCGAGAAGGCCCAUCGCUGCCCGCUCUGCCACUACAGCUCGGUGGAGAAGAACGCCCUCAACCGCCACAUGGCCAGCAUGCACGAGGACAUCUCCAACUUCUACUCUGACGUUUACUCCUGCCCCGUCUGCAACGAGAAGUUUCGGCUCAGCCAGGCCCUCAAAGAGCACUUGAAGACUCACAAAGCCGAGCCCAAGAGGCUGAGCUGCUUCCAGGGUGGCUGCGACUACUGCGCGGAGGACCGGAAGGAGUUUGUCCGUCAUCUGAAGGAUGCUCACAGCAUCAAGGCGGUGGAGUGCAAGUACCACGCCUGCUCUCUGCUCUUUGGCACGGCUGAGGCCAUGGAGGCUCACCGGAAAACCCACUACGCCUUCCACUGCCAGCAGUGUGACUUCAUCUGCUCCAACAAGCACGUCUUCCGCAAGCACAAGAAGCAGGGCCACCCAGGCAGCGAGCAGCUCCAGUGCAGCUUCUGCCCCUACGCCACCUUCAACCCCGUGGAGUUUCACGACCACGUGGGCAAGAUGCACGCCAAUGAGAAGAUCCACAAGUGCACCGAGUGUGCCUUUGCCACCGCGCACAAGAGGGUCCUCAUCCGGCACAUGCUGCUGCACACUGGAGAGAAACCUCACAAGUGUGAGCUCUGCGACUUCACAUGCCGGGAUGUGAGCUACCUGUCCAAGCACAUGCUGACGCACUCCAAUGACAAGAACUUCAUGUGCACUGAGUGCGGGUACAUCACCAAGUGGAAGCACUACCUGAACGUCCACAUGCGCAAGCACACUGGAGACCUCCGGUACCAGUGCAACCAGUGCUCGUACCGCUGCCACCGCGCUGACCAGCUGAGCAGCCACAAGCUGCGGCACCAGGGCAAGAGCCUGAUCUGCGAGGUGUGUGGCUUCGCCUGCAAGCGCAAGCAUGAGCUGCAGAAGCACAUGCAGGCAAAGCACUUGCAGAACUACCAGGUGCCUGUUUUCCAGUGCCAGUACUGCACCUACCAGACCAAGUACAAGCAGGCACUGCUGAACCACGAGAACUGCAAGCACACCAAGCAGAAGGAGUUUCGCUGUGCCCUCUGUUCCUACUGCACCUUCAGCAACACCAGCCUCUUCUUCCACAAGCGCAAGACUCACGGUUAUGUCCCUGGUGACAAGGACUGGCUGGAAAACUAUGCCAGCAGGGAGCUGGAGAUCAGCUCAUCCGAGGCCCUCUUUGGCUAUGAGCUCGGCACAGCCCUGCGUGUCGAUGCUAGCUUCCCCCUCGCUAGCAAGGAGCAGCGGGCAAAGGCAAAGCCAUCUGAGGGGGAAGAGGGCCCCCAGAAAGCUGUAGAGGUGCCCUUGGUCGGGCAGGACACUGCACCACUGGAGAGCAGCAGUGAGGCAGAGAAGGAUGUGGGUGAGGGGGAUCAGCGCCAUCCUGCUGCUGAGGAUGCCCCUGGACAUGACCACAUGCCAGAAGACAUUGCUACAGGCUCAGCACAGCUCACUGCUUCUGGGAAUGUGGCUGAGAGCUGCACCUUGCACUUGGAGGAGCUGAAUGUCUCAUCUGACCCCCUCCUGGAGCAUUUGACUGGAGAAGGCUGCGUGGCACAGCCAGAGAGAGUGGAAAUGCUGCCCUGCAAAGAGCCUUCAGCAGCCUAUGAGAUGCUGAGCUCCCGGGAUGACCUUGGCUUGGAGGACAAUGAUAAUACACUCGAAGACAUCCAAGACUUUGAGGAAGAGGAAACAGAUGUACGGGAGGAUGAUGAGGCGGUGAGGCUGGAGGGUGAUGUAGUGGCAGGAGACAGGCAGGGAAAAGACUCCCUGAGGCAGGGCACGGCCCACCAUGAGGGGUCAUGUUCGGAGCACCACAAGGUGGUGUCACACACAGAGCUGAGGGAGCCUUGCCAAGCCGAGCUGCCGGAGGCCUGGCUCAGCGUGCUGAAGGUGGCUGAGCAGAGCCAGCCGCUAGGCCCAGGGGAUGUGGCCACCUCGGGUGAGGAUGCCAGGGGUGGCUCAGAAUCAGUACUGAAGGCUCUGCGGAAGCAGGACAAGGAGCAGGCAGAGACACUGGUGCUGGAGGGCAGGGUGCAGAUGCUGGUGGUGCAGUCAGAGAGCCAGGUGUUUAAGUGUGAGAAGUGCUCGUAUGUCACGCGGAAGGAGAAGUCGCUGUCCCUGCACUCCAAAGGCAGCUGCCAGAGCCGCCGGGCCCCACUCGUGUGCCGCGACUGCGGCGCCAGCUUUAAGCAGCAAAGAGGGCUCAACACCCACCUCAUCAAGAAGUGCCCCAUCCUCCUGAAGAAGAACAAGAUCCUCAAACCAGCUGGUCAGGAGCCACGUGGGUUGUGCCAACCUGCUGACCAGCCUGGUGAUAGUGGUACAGAACCAGCAGAGAGGGAGAAUGGAGUCUCAGAGGAGUCUGGAGACAUGGAGGGCCCUUGGGAAGCUGAGCUGCUCCCUGAUAAAGUGCAGGCAGCAGGCAGUCCUUUGGCUGGGCAACUGGGCUGUCCUGCCCCUGAGAAAUCCCAGCCAGGCAACAGCACAGAGGUGGCAGAAGUGUCUCCGCAGCAAGCAGAUGGAGCUGAGGCAAGUGGAGCUGCUUGUCCCUCCCAGCCUGGGAAACCCUCAGAGAAAUACCGGCUGGAGGGGGGAAAGCUGCACUGCAACUCCUGCUCCUUCGUGUGCUCACGCCUCUCCACCAUCACCUCUCAUGUGGAGGAUGGGUGCCGGAGCCUGGAACAAUUCUGGUGUGCCCUGUGCCCUGAAGCCUUCCGCUCCCAGCGGGCCCUCAGGAGCCACUGUGCCGAGAAGCACGUCACGCAUCCCAAGGAAGAUGGACCCCAAAGCACCAAACUCCCUGCGGGGGACCCAGGCUGUGUCGAGACAGGCCAGCCCCAUGAGUUCCCACUGGACGCAGCUCCCCCAAAGGCAUCCCUGCCCAAGAGAAGACGUUUCUGUUGCCCCACCUGCCCCUUCACCUGCCACCAGGAGCGGGCCAUGAAGACGCACAAGAAGAGGGGCUGCGUGGUGCUGGGCGAAUUCCGCUGCGCCUCCUGCCCCUUCACCUCCAAGGUGGCCAAAGCCCUGCGGCUGCACCGCAAGCUGCACCGCAAGCACUACAGCAAGCGGCCGCAGCUGCAGUGCCGCCAGUGCGAGUUUACCUGCAAGCAGGCCCGCUGCCUGCGGCAGCACAUCCGCAUCAAGCACGAGGGGGUGAAGCCGCACAAGUGCCGCUACUGCGAGUUCAGCACGACGCGGCGCUACCGCCUGGAAGCCCACCAGUCCCUGCACACUGGCGUGGGGCGCAUCGCCUGUGGCGUCUGUGGCCAGACCUUUGGUACCAACUCCAAGCUCCGCAUCCACCGCCUGCGGGUGCACGAGAAGACGCCCACCCACUUCUGCCCACUCUGCGACUACAGCAGCUACCUGCAGAAUGACAUCACCCGCCACGUCAACAGCUGCCACCACGGUGAGCUCAACUUCGGCUGCUCCCGCUGCGAGGCUCGCUUCAGCUCCGAGACGGCCCUCAAGCAGCACGUCCUGCGGCGGCAUGAGGAGAAGGUGUCCUACGGCUGCCCGCGCUGCAGCUUCGUGUGCCACAGCGAGGCCACCCUCAAGUGCCACGUGCAGAAGCAGCACCCGCACCUGGAGUGCGGCACCUGCAAGGAGACCUUCGCCACCCGGGAGGCUCUAGAGGAGCACAGGAGGCAGCACUUCAGCCACCGCUGCGAGCUGUGCAGCUUCGCGGCCAAGGAGCGGCAGCAGCUGGUGCUGCACUACGUGGAGAGCCACGAGCCGGCCGCCCCCCAGGACAGGCCCCUGCAGUGCCCCUUCUGCGACUUCACCUGCCGCCACCAGCUCGUCUUCGACCAGCACAUGAAGGGCCACGGCAGCACCCGCAUGUACAAGUGCUCCGACUGUGAGUACACCACCAAGAACAGGCAGAAGAUCACGUGGCACAUCCGCAUCCACACUGGCGAGAAGCCCUACAAGUGCCACCUCUGCCAAUACGCCUGUGCCGACCCCUCGCGUCUCAAGUACCACAUGCGGAUCCACAAGGAGGAGCGGAAAUACCUCUGCCCUGACUGUGGCUACAAGUGCAAGUGGGUGAACCAGCUCAAGUACCACAUGACGAAGCACACGGGCCUGAAGCCGUACUGCUGUGACGAGUGUGAGUACCGCACCAACCGCGCGGACGCCCUGCGCGUGCACAAGGAGACGCGGCACCGGGAGGCCCGCUCCUUCAUCUGCGAGCAGUGUGGCAAGGCCUUCAAGACCCGCUUCCUCCUCAAGACCCACCUGAAGAAGCACAGCGAGGAGAAGCCCUACGUGUGCAACGCCUGCGGGCGGGCUUUCCGCUGGGCGGCCGGCCUGCGCCACCACUACCUGACCCACACCAACGAGCACCCCUUCUUCUGCCGAUACUGCCCUUACAAGGCCAAGCAGAAAUUUCAGGUCAUCAAACACAUCCAGAGGCAUCACCCCGAGAGCGGGGCCGGCGACCCCAGCCAGGGGGUAGGCAAGGACCCCAGCACACCCACUGUCCACCUCCACGCCGUGCAGAGGGAGAGCCGGGCAGAGGGGCUCCCUGGGAUGGAGCGGGAAGGAGGGGGGCCCGGGGAGAAGGAUGGCACCUCACAGUGAGGCCAGAUCCUGACUGCUUUAAAGCGCCAGUGACAGGCCUGCUGCAGAGCUGUCUGUGUGUGUACAGGCAUAUAUGUAUAUGGGUUGUAAAAUA